AUGGCGCCAAUGAAAAAUAGCAAAAGUAAUAGUAGUAGUAGUAGUAAUUAUGGCGAGGCGGUUCCCCGUCAGGUCAAUGUCCUCGCCAGUUGCUACCUUAUCGACCCUACUGCGUCCCUAAAGGGACUUCACUACUGCACUACCGGGGCUGCAGGCUUACCAUCUCCUCCGUCAAGUCCCCCCCUCGCGGCCAUCACCUCGUCCAAUGAGCUCGCGCUUCAACCCAAGAGCAAGAAGCGCCACAGCAACGGCUAUAACGCACCGAUUAGCCGCAGCCGCCGAGGGGGGGCAACACUUCAGAUCAGGGAAGAAUGUGAGAGAUUCUUCUGUGAGACCAUGAAAACCGUUUUCCAGGGUGAGUGGAAUAUGGUCGGUAAUGGCUCCUGCCUGGCUGGUGUUAACUACGCACUUACGCCACCCGAUGACUACCCUACGCCUCAGUCUUCACCUAAAGACAACACCAAUAUCGACAUCAAGCCUACUGUAUACGUAAACGGAUGGAUGGAGUUUUGGGAUUACGCUGGAGGUGCAAGCUUCCGAGCCUUUGUUGCGGAGGAUGGCGACGAGAAGUCGUUGUUUGCGUUCUUUGAUAGUGGGCUCGUAGGCCGCGAUCUCAAGCAAGCACUUAUUGCUUUGAUCGAAUUAGCCGAUGGUCCGAUUGGAUGUUCGCAUAUCGUGAUUUGCGUGGACCGUCAUAUGCCUCCGGACUAUGCGAAGGCAUUGAUGAGAAGUCUCCAGUGGGUUGGCUUCGACUUGACUACCCUAGACCAUUGGGCGAAGGACAUCGAUGUUACUAGCAACAAAUGGCUAUUCAUGGGCAUGGAGGUUUAAGUCGAAUUGCGACAUCCAGGACUUUGACGAUCGUUUAACUUGUUUUUUUUUUUCAAUUCGACUCGGAUGUUAGGGAUCCUUUCGGCAUUUUCGAGGUUGGGUUGCUUUUUGGAGUUUUCGGGAUUGUGCAUGCCUGCAUGCACGUAUCAUCACGUUAGCUUCGGCGCACAAGGUCGUUUUUCGUUUCGUUUCUUUUCCUCGGUUGCAUCUGCUGCGUCCCAUUCCCCGCACUGGCGAGGUUAGCGAAUAUCGUUUCGGAGGUUCAAAAAUAGCGCGAAUGGAACAGUCAAAGCAAGCGGUGCUAGGGCAAUCAAAAUGGUAUAUAGUAGGUAACAUUACUAUGAUCAAUAGACGACGGAUUUCUAUCUUGCCCCCUUUUGACCCGUUCGUACAACACACUUUAACGCCUCAAAACAAAAAUGCCAUA